CCCCGUGCCCUGCAGGAGCCAGACGCCAUCAAGCUCUUCGUGGGGCAGAUCCCGCGCAACCUGGAGGAGAAGGACCUCAAGCCGCUCUUCGAGCAGUUCGGCAAGAUCUACGAGCUCACCGUUCUCAAGGACCGCUACACCGGCAUGCACAAGGGUUGUGCAUUCCUCACAUACUGUGCCAGAGACUCUGCCAUCAAAGCCCAGACAGCAUUACAUGAACAGAAGACUUUGCCAGGGAUGGCACGCCCGAUUCAGGUGAAACCCGCAGACAGCGAGAGCCGUGGAGGGGACAGGAAGCUCUUUGUGGGCAUGUUAAAUAAGCAGCAGUCUGAGGAUGACGUGCUCCGGCUCUUUGAACCGUUUGGGGUCAUUGAUGAAUGUACAGUGCUGCGUGGACCUGAUGGUAACAGCAAAGGCUGUGCUUUUGUAAAGUUCUCAUCUCAUACAGAGGCUCAGGCAGCAAUCCACGCACUCCAUGGCAGCCAGACAAUGCCCGGCGCCUCCUCCAGUCUAGUGGUGAAGUUUGCUGACACAGAUAAGGAGAGGACCCUCCGUCGUAUGCAGCAAAUGGUGGGGCAACUGGGGAUAUUCACUCCAUCUCUCACCUUGCCGUUCAGCCCAUACAGCGCCUAUGCGCAGGCUCUGAUGCAGCAGCAGACGACCGUCCUCUCCACCUCCCACGGCAGCUACCUGAGUCCUGGUGUCGCCUUUUCCCCGUGCCACAUCCAGCAGAUUGGUGCCGUCAGUCUCAACGGGCUGCCAACCACUCCUGUUGCACAGACAUCAGGGCUACAUUCACCUCCUCUCCUGGGAACAACAGGUGUGCCCGGACUGGUGGCACCCAUUUCAAAUGGAUUUACUAGUGUGGUACCAUUCCCAAAUGGCCACCCAACCUUGGAAACGGUUUACACCAAUGGCUUUGUACCAUACUCAGCCCAGAGUCCUUCGGUAGCAGAGACUUUGCACCCAGCCUUUACAGGAGUUCAGCAGUAUGCAGCUGUGUAUCCAACCACCUCCAUCACUCCCAUCGCUCAGAGCAUUCCUCAGCCACCUCCCAUUCUGCAGCAGCAGCAACGUGAAGGUCCUGAAGGCUGCAAUCUCUUCAUCUACCAUCUCCCUCAGGAGUUUGGAGACAACGAAUUGAUGCAGAUGUUCCUACCCUUUGGCAAUAUCAUCUCCUCCAAGGUGUUUAUGGAUCGUGCCACCAACCAGAGCAAAUGUUUUGGUUUUGUAAGCUUUGACAACCCAUCCAGUGCACAAACUGCUAUCCAGGCCAUGAAUGGCUUCCAGAUUGGCAUGAAACGUUUGAAGGUCCAGUUGAAACGACCCAAGGAUGCUAACCAUCCUUACUGACAGGAGUGAACAAUCAGGAGUCACUUCUUCAGCACAGUGACUCACAGGACCAAAUUUUUCCAUUCAGAGACUGACUCCUUGCAAGAGGGGUUGGAAGCUAAGGGUUUACCUCUGCAGCAGUGUCUUCUCAGGAGGCACUGCAAAUAGACCUGAACAUUUUGAGACGAUGCCUGGAUGGACAGAAAGCAAGAGAGAGAACACAUCUCUCUACUCAACAUUAACAAGAAGCAAGGAGAAAGAGAACCACAUACCUCCAGGAUUAGGACACAGCCAGCUGCUCAGCUCAAGUCACUCACCCACCAACCUUAGCACCAGCCUGGUUAAGGAUCUCAAGAGCUUCUGUCUUACCCUUCCAAGGGCUUCUGCAGACCAAGCUCCUGGAAUUUGGUGCCAAAGCCUAUCGUGAGCACUCCUCAAUUAGGCUGAAAGCACAGGAAAUCAACCCUUUUACCUACAAGAACUGUACUGCCUCCCCACACAUUGUACUGGCCCAACUUCAUUGCUCUUCGUGGUAACAGGGCAUUUUUUUUUUUUUUUUUGAUCAAGGGAGAAGAUGAAAGUGUGAGCAAAUGCCAUUUCCAAAAUAGUGACAGAAACCUCCCAGGGGCCACGCACUGCCUCCACGUAUUGGAAAUGGCCUAAAGCUGGCUAGAAGGCAUUUCUGAUUCACAGACAACACAGGACAUAUUCUCCAUCUGAAUUUAGCAAGAAGACUCACCUCUUGCACCCUCCGCAAAGCUUUCACAAGCAGACACAAGGAUAGUAUGUUGAAAGGUGGUUGUCAUGCUUUUUUUCCCUACCACUCCCUCCAAGGGACAGAUUAUAUAUUAUGCAUAAUAUAUAUACACACACAUAUAUACAUACACUUAAGCACAGAACAUAGUUCAGAGCUCAACAAAGAUCCCUGAGCGUGGGGGGCGGGUGGGGCAUACAGACGAGGCAAAACCCUUUAAUGACUUGAAACAGUCUUUUCUAGUUUCUAUUAAAAUGAGGAGGAAAGGAGGAAGAAAACAAACAAACAAACAAAAAACACCCUCCUGAAUACUUCGCUUCAUUAUUCCAGAAUUUGAUAAGGUAUCAAGAACAUUCCUGUGUGUAUGUAUGUGCAUGUCUGUGUUCAACUGUGAACAGAGCGUUGGUGGAGAAAGGUUGAUGCGAUUGAUCCUGACGAGAGAUCCAGAGACUUGAGAGGACCUUGGCCACUUCUCAUCCUCCUCCAGUUUCCCUUUGUUCGGAUGUCUAUGGCAUAGUUCUUUAAGUACCUUCACAUCUCCUGAACCACCCCUCUGUAUCUAAUGCUGAGAGUUUACAAGCGAGAUGGAUGAAGCUGUGGGAGUCUGUGUGUUUCUAUAGUCCAUGUUUACUUAUUGUAAAUACCAUUUUUAUACUUAGCAUCUAUUAUGUAUGUGAUUUGUAUAAUGUACUUUAUUUCUGCUACAAUUAAUUUCAUGAAGUUUAAACUUAACCUAAUUUUGAACAAAAAAGAAAAUGACCAACAAAUGCAAAAUGGGAAGAAAAAAAAAGAAAAAGGGAUUUUGGAAAUGCUAGGUCAAACUCGUUUAAAACAAGCAUUUACAACUUCUUCCAUCACAGUUACUGAUGUGACUGUACACUGUUACAGGUGUGAUACAAGCUUCAUCAAUGUCAAAUUCCUUGCUCUGGUCUAAAAAAAUCUUAAAUUUAUUUAAUAAAAGUUUUACUUCCUAAGU